UGAGAAGCCCCGCCUCCCCUUCGCGCUGAUUGGCCAAUGAGGCGCGGGGGAGGAAGAUGUAGGCGUGGCUUGGGCGCCUUCCUCACGGCUCACGGCGGCCCUGAAGGGACAAUCUUCCCUUUCCUGAGGGAAAAGGCCGUUUCCCGCCCAUUUUCCCCCUCAAUGGCGGCUCGGAGAGGCCUUUUGGGCGCCCGCGUCGCCUUGAAGAAGGUUCUGGCGCCUCAAUUCGGAAUAAGGAACCGCCAUGAGGGAAAUGAAAAGCCUAGGCUGCCCAAGAUUUACACCAAGACAGGAGACACAGGAUUUUCCAGCACUUUCACUGGGGAGAGGAGGCCGAAGAACGACCAGAUAUUCGAUGCUUUGGGCGCUUUGGACGAACUCAGUUCAGCCAUUGGGUUGAGUGCUGAAUUUGGGAAGGAAGAUGGCCACUCUUUUGCAGGAGAGGAACUUCAUAAGAUCCAAUGCAGGCUGCAAGACGCUGGUUCCAACGUGGCGACUCCCAUCUCCUCGGCUCGAGAGGCUCAUUUAAAACGAACCAGUUUCGAUGAAAAGCCAAUUUCGGAGAUGGAAAAAUGGAUUGACGGCUACACCGAUCGGCUUCCUCCCCUCCAGACGUUCAUUCUUCAGGAGGGAAAACCGCUGCCGCCCUCCAUUUUUCCAGAGCUGUUUGUCGUCGAGCCGAAAGACGGGUCGUCCCUUUGGUGAAAGCCGGCGAAGCGGACGCCAACGUGGCCAAGUACCUCAACAGGCUGAGCGACUUCCUCUUUGUCCUGGCGCGCUUUGCAGCCCAUCAGGAAGGGAAGAAGGAAUUGAUUUACAUACGAGAAGAAGAAACCGUAAAAAUAAAUUAAUAUUAUUAAUUAA